UCCUCCACGUGUGCCUGCGGGUGUCUCCUUACUGGGAGCCCCUCCUCCUCCUCCCAGCGCUGCCUUUCCUCCUUUCACUUCUGCUAGUGUCUCCGAGCUGUUUGCUGGAGAGGGAGCUGCUGAGGAUAGUGUUAGUACCCGGGCUGCCCCUCUGUGACAGAACUGGAACUUUAUAUUCAGCAUUGUUGCAGUGUAAAACAGGAGAACGCCUUUCUCUUUAUACUCUGCUCCGACCCAGCAGCACAGAUGCACAAUGGCCACAGAGUUUAUAAAGAACUGCUGCAGGGCAUGCAUGCGAGGUGACAAGGGGAAAGCUCUAAAUGAAGAGGAUGGCUCCAACCCCACCAGGAAGGGUUCCCAUAUUGUUGACCUUCCUCCUAUGUCCUCUGUCUCUGUAAAGAAACAAGUUGGGUGUACAGAAGACUAUCUGCUUUCCAAGCUACCAUCUGAUGGGAGAGAAGUUCCAUUCAUUGUCCCAACAUUCAAGCAAUCUUAUAUACAGCCCAAGGCCUCAGCAAAUCCGGGCCAGCUGGAGGGCUUGAAAGGAUCUGCUCGAGCAACUUUCACAGACCGGAAAACUGAGCUCUCAGCCAUGUAUCAGCAAGAUCUAAACUAUGAUGUCGUUUAUAACCCAGGCUAUGUCCUGCAGCAUGUUUCCCCUGAUAUGAUUAGGCGGGGAAAGCUGAAAACAGACCCUGUCAGAUUAUAUGGAUCAGUGUGUGACUUAAGGAGUAACAAGGUAACUGAUUCCCCUGGCGUGACUGGCACUCUGUAUGAUUUUAAUGGAUCCCCCCGAAACAUACAGAGAUAUGAUUCUGUUUCCAGCAUCCGGAGCAGUAACUCGUCCAGGAAAGAUUCACAAGGCAGCAACCGAAGCCUUGAUACAAUAACAUUAUCAGGCGAUGAGAAAGAUUUUGGAAGACUAAAUUUCAAACUCCGGUAUAUUGUGGCUGUUGAACAAAUCUGGAUAACUGUUGUAAAGAUUAAAGACCUUAGUUGGCCUGUGAGCUGUGGAGAAAAUCCCAGUAUCUAUAUAAAAGGUAUCAUUACCUUGCCCAAAGCUGUACCUUUUAAAUCCUCAGCAAAAGAAGGUUCUCUGGACACUGAAUUUAUGGAAACUUUCGUCUUUGCUAUCAAGCAUCAAAGUCUGCAGGCGUCAAGAUUGGUUUUCAAGGUGCUAAGUUUAACUCCUAGGAAAAGAACCAUCAGCCAUUGUUCAAUAUCCCUGCGUGAUUUGAGUGAAGAGGAGACAGACCAUUGGCUGGAAUUGGUGCCAUCUUCCAAAGUAACGGUCUGUCAGGCUGAGCUCCAGGUCGGGACCUGUUUCCAGGCAAUAAACAGCAGGAUUCAAUUACAAAUUCUCAAGGCUCAGAACCUGCCAAACUCCUCUACACCGCUCUCCAUAAAUUUUUUUGUGAAAGUGGAAAUGUUCAGUACAGAGGGACUGCUAUACAAGAAAAAGACCCGUCUGCUAAAAGUUACCAAUGGCCAGGUGAACUGGGGUGAAACCAUGAUUUUCCCUGUAACACUGAAAGAAGAGGGGAUCAAUUUUCUGAUCAAACUCUACAGCAGGAGCUCAGUGAGGCGGAAGCAUUUUAUCGGACAGGUAUGGAUUAGCAGCGACAGCAACAGCAGUGAGGCUGCAGAUCAAUGGACUGACACAAUCCAACACCCAGAGAAAGUAGUCACCAAGUGGCAUAAGCUAAAUCCCUCUUGAAGCUGACACCAAAUGCAGUAGUGUCGUACACAACAGGAAUGAAAGAACUAAGAGCCAUGUUGUAGUAGGGUGGAUGGGACCACAAGUACUUAAAGAAUUUGCUAUUUUCAUAUUUAAGAAGUCAAGAAUUACAAACCAAAGCAUGGAUCUGACAGAACCUUGAGAGGUACUGCUUAAGAUGGAUUUUACAUCUGCUUUACCUGGAUUGUAGUGAACCUAUUUGAAGACAUCCAGGGAUGAAUAUUGCAUAAAAGAUUCUGGUUUAGGAACCAACAGUCUGUCUCUGUUGUACGCACAUGGACCUUCAUAUAAUGUAAACACAAGCAUCACCCAAGUUUCUUGCUUCUUCCUGAUACCACCUACUACACCACCUACUACAGGGUUUCACUGUAUAUGCAAAUAUUUGCAGAUGCAAUGAUUUCUGAAAACUGUUUGUGAUUAUAGGGAAACUUUUUUUUCUGUGCACAUUGAGUGAGCCACUAAGCUCUUCAAAUGGCUGAUAAUAGUAGGUUCCAUCUACUAACAAUUAUGAAUACAAUUUAAAAUAUCCUGGCUUCUUCAAAUGUGUAGGAAAUCUUAAAUGUGAAUGUUUAAAUUAUACAAAUAACUUACUACUAGGUCCACAUGUAUUUUACAUUUAGCAACCAUUUAAUCACUUGAUUUAUUAUUAAUACUUAGUCCUAUGGCAUAUUUGGCGAUUUGACCAGAAUGGUUCAAUAAGGAUAAAGCAUUUAAAAUGCCCUUCCUUGCAUGUCGUACCCUGUCAAAAGAAUGGAAAAUAUUUUAUCUAAGGAAAAUGCUGGUGUUGAUAGGCAGGCACCAUUCAGGAAGUGAACAUUUGUGAUUGGUAGGUGCCUGGCAAUACCAGCGCCUGAGGUGGAUUUACAGGAAGCAGUGAUACGUGAUCUCUAGAGCUUUGAUAAGUAUCUCUCCUCAGAGUCCACACUAGUUCUCCCUUUUAGGGCUCUGGCACACGGGGAGAUUAGUCGCCCGCAACAAAUCUCCCUUGU